AUGGCUUCGCAAAGGUGUCGUCUCAUAGCGGGGCUGCUUCUGCUCCUAAUCAUCGUCAUGGUGAUUUUGUACCUAACCAUCGUCGACCCUGUAAAACCGGAUGGACCUGUUUGUCCACCUACACCGCCGGGAACACUAAGCCGGGCUCAUUUCCCUGAAGGUUUCUUGUUUGGCACAGCUACUGCAGCUUACCAGGAAGAUAUCCAACUUAUGAAGAAUCUAAAUACUGAUUCUUUCAGACUCUCUAUCGCGUGGACAAGAAUAUUCCCUCAUGGGACAAAGGAUAAAGGAGUGUCUGAAUCUGGUGUGCAAUUCUACCAUGACCUCAUCGACGAGCUUAAAUUAAAUGGUAUAAUUCCGUUCGUGACUGUUUUCCACUGGGACACUCCACAAGUUUUAGAAGACGAAUAUGGCGGUUUUUUAAGCGACAGGAUUGUGAUGGAUUUUCGGGCGUAUGCAGAUUUUGUUUUCCAUGAAUACGGUGGCAAAGUGAAACAUUGGAUCACUUUCAAUGAGCCAUGGGUUUAUUCUCACGCCGGUUAUGACAUUGGGAAGAAAGCACCAGGCCGUUGCUCUGAUUACAUUAAUAAAGCAUGUCCCGACGGUCACUCAGGACGUGAGUGUUAUAUAGUCACUCAUAACCUCCUUAACGCUCACGCAGAAGCUGUUGAAGCUUUCCGAGCAUGCAAAAAUUGUACAGGUGGGAAGAUUGGAAUCGCACAUAGUCCGCUUUGGUUCGAACCACAUGACUUUAAAGAUGCACAAGACGGUGCCUCUAUUGAGCGUGCACUUGAUUUUAUGCUUGGAUGGCAUCUGGAAACAACUAUCACUGGAGAAUAUCCAAAGAUAAUGAGAGAUAUUGUUGGAGACAGAUUGCCCAGAUUUAAUGCUACACAGAGAGCAAAAUUGAUAAACUCGACAGAUUUCGUAGGGCUCAACUACUAUUAUUCACAGUUUUCAGCUCAUUUGGAGAAGAUAGAUUAUUCAAAACCAUAUUGGAAGCAAGAUUCUCUUAUUCACUGGGAAGAAAAGAGUGUACUGAACCAAAGCAUUGGUACCAAGGGGCCUGAGAUUCGUACCGGUUUCUUGAAAGAUGGGAACCCUGUACAACUGAAGGAAGGUCAGGAGAUCACUAUCAGCACUGAUUACGACAUCAAGGGUGAUGAGAAAACGAUAUCCAUGAGCUACAAAAAGCUGCCGGUGGAUGUGAAGCCCGGACAUACCAUACUGUGUGCAGAUGGAAGCAUAAGUCUCGCUGUGCUGUCAUGUGAUCCAGACUCUGGAACUGUGCUGUGUCGAUGUGAAAACACAGCGAUGCUUGGCGAGAGAAAGAAUGUGAAUCUCCCCGGUGUUGUUGUUGAUCUCCCAACAUUGACUGAGAAGGAUGUAGAAGAUAUUCUUAAAUGGGGUGUUCCAAACCAAAUCGAUAUGAUUGCUCUUUCGUUUGUUCGCAAAGGAUCAGAUCUUGUCAAUGUCAGGAAAGUGCUUGGAUCACAUUCCAAGAGUAUAAUGCUGAUGUCCAAGGUUGAGAACCAGGAAGGAGUGCUGAAUUUCGAUGAGAUCUUGCGUGAAACCGAUGCAUUUAUGGUUGCUCGUGGUGAUCUUGGGAUGGAGAUUCCGAUAGAGAAGAUCUUCUUGGCUCAGAAGAUGAUGAUCUACAAGUGUAACCUCGCUGGUAAACCGGUGGUCACAGCGACUCAGAUGCUCGAGUCUAUGAUCAAAUCACCACGGCCAACACGUGCCGAAGCCACGGAUGUAGCAAACGCAGUCCUCGAUGGCACGGACUGCGUCAUGCUCAGCGGAGAAAGCGCUGCAGGAGCCUACCCUGAGAUAGCGGUGAAAACAAUGGCUAAAAUCUGCAUCGAAGCAGAGUCAUCUCUGGACUACAACACAAUCUUCAAGGAGAUGAUCAGAGCCACUCCACUUCCAAUGAGCACACUGGAGAGUCUUGCAUCAUCCGCUGUAAGAACCGCAAACAAAGCCAGGGCCAAACUCAUCAUCGUGUUGACCCGAGGAGGUACAACAGCUAAACUGGUGGCUAAGUAUAGACCGGCUGUUCCGAUUCUGUCGGUGGUUGUUCCGGUUUUCACCAGCGAUACCUUUAACUGGAGUUGCAGCGACGAGUCACCGGCUAGGCAUAGUUUGAUAUACAGAGGUUUGAUUCCGGUAUUGGGUGAAGGAUCCGCAAAAGCCAGUGACAGUGAGUCUACAGAGGAGAUUAUUGAGUCCGCUUUGAAGUCGGCGACUGAGAAAGGACUGUGUAACCAUGGUGAUGCUGUGGUGGCUCUGCACCGUAUCGGAGCUGCUUCGGUUAUCAAGAUCUGUGUGGUCAAGUGA